AUGUCUCCUUACGGUCCGUGGAACUCGCUGUCCUCCUUCGAGGAGCAGCUCCGCUUUAUGUGGAGUCAGGAUGUGUCAGGAGGACUGAGGCCGCAGCCCCCGCAACCAGACUCCAAGGGUUUGAGUGACACGUGGACCAGCAUCAAGCUGCCUAACUUCUCUAUCCAACACAACAAAGACAGAAGGACUCGUCCAAAAUGUGUCGUUGCAAGACCUUGUCAAAAUGGAAGAUUCCUGCCAAGUAUUUUCAUGGAAAGCCAGAAGAUUAAAGAAACUCCAAAGUUCAUCACAUCCUAUCGACCUCCGGAUGCUCUGGAAAGCCAAAUAAUGUUGGUGAAGACGGGGAAGUUACCUCUUGGACCGUUCCAGAACCACAGACCUCACGACUUCAGACAACUCAACGAAGACCUUCCAAACAUGGACACUUCCUAUGAGAAGGACCCUGCUGACAUCAAGUUCAAGUUAAAACACUUGGACGUUUUGGGGGCCGCCACAGCGGAAUCAAACACACGCAUGCAGUACAUCAGGACGCAGCGAUAUGGACGUAGAGACGACGUUUGGGACAUGAGGCUCGUCCUUCCUCUGCUGCCUUGGCCUCCAAAACAAACUACCACUACGAACCGACCGAGAAGAAGUGAAGCAUGCAAAGCAUUCUUGGAGCAUGUGGAAGAAAAACUCUCAAGAAGCUGGAAAACUGAAUGUGAAGCUAAACACCACAACUCUCAGCCAAGCUCAUUUGUUUUUAUCAAAGCAUAAACUAUUGGUGAUGCAGUUGUCACUGACAACAAGCGAUAUAUUUGUGUAUUUGUUUAGUGGUAGGAUGAAGGCAGCAGGCCAACAGUGACGGCUGUCACAAAGUUCAAAACUCAGCUUCAUGAGGUCCGCUGCUGCUGUCGACAGCUGGUCAUUUGAUGUCCCACCCUCUCCGCUCGCCCCAAAAAAUGACAAAUACGCAGAAGGCCACGCAAUGCGUGAUAGCUGCAAGCAAGCAUGUCUGGAAUAUCUGCAUUCAAUGCGCCCACUGUGAGCACGUGCACACGCUAAAUAUAAAACGCAGACAAUGUAUUAAACUCCAUGACCUCACGGCUGACAUGUGUUUUCUUAUUUGAAUCCCAUUGUAUCCUUUUCAUUAUCUUCUAUUUUUUUCCCAAUAAUUAAAUGGGACUUUUGUGCUUAUUCUUCGAAAAUACUGUUCAUUAAAACUAUGUUCAUACAUUUUAAGUGUACAGUUUUAAAUCAGGAUUAAUGGAGUGGGAAUUGAGCUGGGCGAUAUAUCGAAUAUACUUGAUAUAUCGCGGGUUUGUCUCUGUGCGAUAUAGAAAAUUACUAUAUGGUGAUAUUCGAGUAUACGUUCUCACGCAGUUGCUUUUAGCUGCGGGCAUUACACUACAGGCUUUUAUCACUCUUUCUUGUCUCUCCUUCUCACAGAGAGAUAAAACAAGCGCACCUUCUUACAUACGUCACAUACGUAUACGCCCUUGCGGAGCAGAGAGGUAGCGGCAUGGGUAACGUUAGCAGUGGUGCGAGUGGUAAUACGAGAGAGAGAAGGUGCGAAUCUGGUAACAAAUGAAGGAAGAAUUAAUUCCCAAGAAAAACAGUACAGGGUCCAUCGUCUGGCGGUGGUUUGGCUUCAAGCGGGAAGAUGUCGAACAGACAACAGUAAUUUGUCAAGUGUAGGGCAAAAGUGUUGCUACAAAAAGUAGCAUUACUGCUAAUAUGUAGCAUCAUUAUGAAAAGUCACCCGCUAGAGAACGAAGAGUGCUUGAAACUCUGCAUGUCAACAUCUCCGUUCGGUGCCAUACCAACACAAUGCAGAGGCAACUAUUUCCACAUCAACACCGUAUGAAAAAAAUAGUCAACAACAGAAGUAGAUAACGUCCGCAGUAACCUACCACAUAGGGAAAGACAUACACUAUUUGAUUCCCUAUUAUGCAGCUAAUUUUUAUUUGACAGUUAUUGAAAUAUCUUGUGUGACAUCAUGCACAAAAGUGCACUUUAUUUGUUUUAAACUAUUGU